AUGCAAGUGUUUUUGCGUGAGUGGCGGCAGGACGCCCUCAACCGACACCAGUAUGACGCUGCCAUUGCAUUCGCCGACAAGGCUCUGGCUAUGACGGGUGACGACCAAGACGCUUUCUGGCUGGCACAGGUACAAUUCACCACAGGCAACUAUGACGCCGCCCGUCUUCUCCUCGCCAAUAAAAACCUCAUCGAACGCACGCCGCAAAGUCGUUACCUUGCUGCCCAUUGCUACAUCAAACAGGGCAAGGUCGAUGAUGCUCUGCGAGUUCUGGGCGACAAGAACCCCACCCAUCUGAUCUCGACCCCAGGGAGCGCCAGGACGAAGCUGCGCCAUGUCGACGUCAACAGCCGGGCAGGCUCACGCCAUCACAAGUCGGGAACGCGCACCGACCGUGUACCCACGAGCGAGGAGCGCGAUCACGAGGACAUUGACAAUCUCAAGUCAGAGGCCGGCAUGUGCUUUCUCCGCGGUACCUGCUAUGCAAAGCUCAACUCGUUCGACCGCGCCAAAGAGUGUUACAAGACUGCCGUCCAGAUCGAUGUACAAAAUUACGAAGCCUUUGACGCCCUCAUGCGUAACAACCUCAUGUCACCCGCCGAAGAAUGGACCUUUCUCGAUUCGCUCAACUUCGACAUGAUCAACGUUAGCAACAACCCAUCAUUGUCUCAAGAAGCCGCCCAAUUCACAAAGACCUUCUACACCACCCGUUUGUCCAAAUACACCAACCCAGAGGCCUUUAGUGCCGCCACCGAAACCCUCAGCACGCAUUACAACCUUGGCAACAACGCAGACAUUCUCCUCGCAAAAUCAGACCUCAUGUUCACCAUGUGCCGAUUCCGCGACGCCCUCGCCCUCACCAGCUCAGUCCUCGCAGAAGACAAAUACAACUUCGCCAUCCUCCCCAUCCACAUCGCCUGUCUACAUGAACUUGGUGAGAAGAACACUCUGUACAUGCUGUCCCACCAACUCACCGAGUCCCAACCCAGUGAACCCUGCUCCUGGCUAGCGGUCGGUGCUUACUAUCUCUGUAUUGGCAAGAUUGCAGAAGCGCGGCGCUACUUUUCAAAAUCCUCCAUGAUGGAUCCACAUUUUGGACCUGCUUGGAUUGGCUUUGCCCAUACAUUUGCCGCUGAAGGGGAGCACGAUCAGGCCAUUUCGGCGUAUAGUACUGCAGCACGAUUGUUCCAGGGAACCCAUCUCCCGCAAUUAUUUCUGGGGAUGCAGAAUCUCCAACUCAACAACAUAGCCCUGUCUAGAGAGUACUUCAAGACUGCCUAUAGUCUCUGCUCCUCUGACCCAUUGCUACUCAACGAGUUGGGCGUAGUAUAUUACCAUGACCUCCAACUUUCCGAUAGCAUCACCUUUUUUCGUCGUGCGAUCGCCAAUUCGGAUGCCAAUGGCGCAGAUCCGGAUGCCGCACUGCCCAUAAAAAUCAACCUCGGCCACGCCCUCCGCAAAGCAGGUGAAUUUGAAGACUCCCUAUCCAUGUUCGACAGCGUACUCCGCCACGGCGUCAAAGAUGCAGCCGUUUUCACCGCCAAAGGCAUUGUCCUCCUUGAACUCGGCCGCAUCUUUGAAGCCGUUGUCGUGUUCCACGAAGCGCUCGCCGUGUCGCCCCAGGACGCUAUGGCGACGGAUAUGCUGAGCCGUGCCCUCGCUGUCAACGAGGUGGAAAGUGCAUGGGGCUUGCAGAUUGGCGGCCCAGAGCUAGAACAUGUUGGCGGUACGAAAAUGUUGGGGGAGAGGGAUGAUGAGGAAUUGGACGAGUUGGACCGCAGGAUGCACGGCAAGCUCAAGGAGAUUGAGAUGAAUCGAGUGGCUGGGCGGAGGGGGAGACGCCGUAGAGGGGCUGCUCGGGAUGAGGAGGAGAGUACAUAUGGUGAAAGUAUGGUUGUGGAUUCAGAUGAGGGGUAG